AUGAGUAUGAACUACGCGUCUUCGGCGCCCGCGCAGAGGUCGACGUCGUUUUUCAUUGAGGACAUCUUACUGCACAAGCCCAAGCCGUUGAGAGAGGUCAUUCCCUCGCCUUUCUGUAGUUCCCUGGCCUCUCGGAUGCCCAUCCUGGAGUAUGGAUAUCCACUGAUGCCAACUCCAAUACUGGCGCCGCAUCCACACCAUCCGCUGCACAAGCCAGAACAUCACCAGUACUUCUUCACAUCUGGGAUGCAGAUGCCGGCCCUGUUCCAGCACCACGCAGAGCUACCAGGGAAGCACUGCAGACGCAGGAAGGCCCGGACGGUUUUCUCCGACUCGCAGCUGUCCGGCCUGGAAAAGAGGUUUGAAAUCCAGCGGUACCUAUCCACGCCAGAAAGAGUGGAGCUGGCCACGGCGCUCAGCCUGUCCGAGACACAGGUGAAAACGUGGUUUCAGAACCGGCGGAUGAAGCACAAGAAGCAGCUGAGGAAAGCGCAGGACGAGCGGAAGACGCCCGGGGAGCUGGAGCGAUCCGCGGGGAACUCCAGCGAGAGCGAACUGAACGACAAGGGCGCAGAGGAUCUGAAACAAGGACUGGAGCCGGACUCGUACCUGCUGGAGGAAAACGACGACGAUGUGGACAUCGAGGAUGACAUUUGCUCCCCGGAUCAUCUACUAUAG